GCUUUCCCCUUUCUCUCACUCCUUCCUAUGCUGCUGGUAGCGUUGCUGUCCAGGUACACAUCAAUCAGCUUCGUCCUUUCUUCCACAAUGACGAAGGCACAAAGCCCACAACCACUUCAUAUUCGCCGUUGACUCGUCGAGUAGUGGUCGAUCGCUGUUCUAGGGUCUCAAAGCAUGGUUUCUUAGUUCUUACAGGAUGCAAAUCCAGAUCUCCUACUCUGCCGAAGUUGACAGUGGCUUCAGCAUGGCCGGAAGCCCAGAUCUGCAGCACGUGCUUGUUUUCUAGGUUCUAGCUUCCCCGUUUUCAGGUUUAGAGGUCGCGAGCUUACUCUAGUGACUCUGGACACUAGAGUAAGCGAGGGCAAGCACCAUGGCAGAGGCUGUUGUGGGAGUGCUCAUCGGCAAGCUCGGUGUGGCAUUGGCAAACCAGGCAGCAGCCUAUGGUGCAUCCCUGCUUUGCAAGGAAGCUUCUGCUCUCAAGGGUCUCUUUGGCGAGAUCCACAAAGCCAAGGAGGAGCUAGUGAGCAUGAAAGCCUACUUGCAUGAGUCAGAGAAGUUCAAGGAUACCGACGAGACCACUGGCAUCUUCAUCAACAAGAUUCGGGAACUAUCAUUCCAGAUUGAGGAUGUUGUCGAUGAGUUCGUGUACAAGCUUGAGGAUGACAAGCAUGGAGGAUUUGCAGCCAAGAUGAAGAAGAGGAUCAAGCAUGUCAAGGUUUGGCACCGUCUAGCACACAAGCUCCGUGAUAUCAAUGUCGAGCUUGAAGAAGCUGCAAAAAGGAGGGCACGUUAUGUCAUCCCAAGAAUGCACGGACAGGCUGGGAGGGGUGAUCAUCAUGCAGGAUCCACCAAUCAAAAUUUGUGUCUUGCAAGGGAAGACGAUGUAGUGGGUACUGAACAUAAUGCAGAAAAGCUUAAACAGUGGCUACUAGGUGAUCUGAAAGAAAAGAACUACAAAAUAGCCACAGUGUGGGGAAUGGGUGGUGUAGGUAAAACUACUUUAGUUGACCAUGUCUACAAGAUUGUGAAACUUGAUUUUGAUGCUGCAGCCUGGGUAACUGUGUCACAGAGUUACCAAGUUGAAGACUUGCUAAAGAGGAUUGCAAGAGAGUUUGGCAUCAUAACUGAUGCCACCAACAUGGAAAUUAGAACCUUGGUUGAGAUCAUCCGGAAACAUCUUGAAGGUAAAAGGUAUAUCUUGGUUCUAGAUGAUGUUUGGGAAAAGGAUGUAUGGAUUAACAAUAUCAUGGAAGUCUUUCCAACUAAUUGUACCAGCCGAUUUGUUCUCACAUCAAGAAAGUUUGAUGUUGCAUCAUUGGCAGCUAGUAAUUGCAGAAUUGAGCUGAAACCUCUAGGAGAUCAGCACUCUUGGGAGUUAUUCUGCAAAGCAGCUUUUCGGAAUAGUGAUGACAAAAGGUGCCCGUCAGAGUUACAGGAUUUGGCUGCAAAGUUCUUACAAAAGUGUGAAGGCUUGCCUAUUGCCAUUGCAUGCAUAGGCCGUCUAUUGUCUUUCAAACAACCAACACAUUCUGACUGGGAUAGUGUGUACAAGGAGUUAGAAUUGCAGUCCACUAAUAAUGUGAUCCAAGGUGUCGACAGUAUCCUAAGAGUAAGCUUGGAGGACCUUCCAUAUGAACUAAAGAAUUGCUUCUUACAUUGUGCAAUGUUUCCAGAGGAUUAUGAAUUGAAGAGGCGAAGAUUAAUUAGGCACUGGAUUACUUCUGGAUUCAUCAAAGAAAAGGAGAAUAAAACACUAGAACAAGUGGCAGAGGGAUACUUGAAUGAUCUUGUAAAUCGAAGCUUACUACAAGUUGUGUUGAAGAAUGCAGCUGAACGAGUGCAGUGUUGCCGAAUGCAUGAUGUUAUCCGCCAUCUUGCCCUUGGCAAAGCAGCAACAGAAUGUUUCGGUAAAGUUUAUGAGGGCCGUGGGACAUUUUCGGUAGAUGGAACACGUAGACUGUCAAUAAAUAGCACCAGUAUUGUGUCAUUGAAUCCAUCUGGUGUGACACAUCUCCGUGGAAUCUAUGUUUUUACUAGUUCUGUUGAUAUUGAUUUGCUGAGACCUAUCCUUGCAUCCGUAACAUUGUUGUCAACAUUAGAUCUGCAAGGUACUGAAAUCAAGAUCCUUCCUAAUGAGGUCUUCAGCUUGUUUAAUCUGCGUUUCUUGGGUUUUCGAAAUACUCAAAUUGAGGUUCUACCAGAAGCCAUUGGAAGAUUGCAAAACUUAGAAGUAUUGGAUGCUUUAGACACUUGCCUACUAUCUUUACCAAAGGAUGUGGCAAAAUUGAAGAAGCUUAGGUACAUAUAUGCAUCGGCAAGCGUCAAUGAAGGAUCUCUUUGGCGUUACCGAGGAGUAAAGGUGCCUAGGGGCAUAAUAAAGAACCUGCCAGGACUGCAUGCUCUGCAAAAGGUUAAAGCUAGCUCAGAAAUUCUAUCUGAUGUUACAGCUUUGACAGAUUUACGAACAUUUGCCGUUGAUGAUCUGACCAGUGAGCACGCGUUAAUCUUACGUAGUGCGCUCAUGAACAUGAGGAAUCUUGUGCAUUUGACAAUUACUAUGUCAAAUGAAAAUGAAGUCCUACCAUUGGAACAACUUAGUUUACCAGAGACUCUUUCUAAACUUGAAUUGAUAGGGCAGCUGGAAAAGAAACGGAUGCCUGAUCAGAUUCUCUCUUCCUGGUUGCACCUGAACUAUCUCACUCAUCUAUGGUUGAUGUUCUCCAAACUUGAUGAGAACUCAUUUCCUAGCCUCCUAGUGUUGCAUAAUUUAUGCUCACUUUACCUUUUUAAGGCUUACGAUGGAAAGACAUUAUGCUUCUCUUCGCGGUCAUUUCCUAGACUGAGAAAACUACAAAUAGAGGUUGCUCCUCAGCUCAGCCAAGUAGAAAUAGAAGAAGAUGCACUGGGAAGCGUCGUUGAGCUAUGGUUUUCAUUGUGCCCAGAACUGAAGCAGCUCCCUCAUGGCAUUGAGUACCUUAGGACGCUUGAUGAAUUAUAUUUUGAACGUGCUUCUGAUGAGCUUAUAAAGAUCCUUAGGCAGGAAGGUGAAGCAAAAGAAUGCAAGGAAGAGCUAAUGAAGAUUAGCCACAUUAGAAGGGUUCGUUUUAGUGCAACUGGGGAAGACUUUUGGCAAAGAAUUGUAACCAGAGAAGGGAAUGCAUUCGCUGGCUGAAGGCUUGCAUCCAAGCUACUAUUUCCGGAGUACGAGCAUUUUCUCAGGUUUGCUGCUGCCUUUGUUGGUCUGGUUUGGACUUUUGGUGGUUCAGUUUAGUCGGUGUAUUGUGGUCUGCCCAUCAGCACCGGAAGUGCCUGGAUUCUGUAUUGGUGCAGAUUGCAUAAUAGAGUGUCAAUUCGAAUUUAUAAAUCGGCUUGCGAAUUAAGCAUAAACACUGUUGUGAUUCUAUUUGCUCCUUCAUGUCGUUUGUCUUAUGAUAUUGGCUUGAUGUCCUCUAUGGAUGAGGCAUCUCCCAGGUUUGUAAUAAGCUUGUCAGACGCUUUACUUCUCGUUUUGCACAGCAUAACUUUUUUGUC